UUCUCUCUCUUCUUCUUCGCAGUUCCCACUAUCCAACAAAAACAAAACAAAAAAAGAAAAACACAACACAACACAUUCUCUUUCUCUCUAGUUUUUAUUUUUUCUCUCUCUAUAGUUUACUCUCUCUAUGCAAUGUAGGUCGCCGGAGGAUGGCAAACUACCACCGCAACAACGUAGAAAACGUCGUCCUCGGCCACCACCACCGUUCCAAGUCCGCCUCCGUCGCCGGCCACACCUUCCGCCUAUGUACCGCCGCCUCCUUCCGCCGCCUCAUCUUUGACGCCGUCAGCUGCGGCGCCAGCUCUCGCUACGCCGCGAGAUCCAACACCUCCUCCGACGGCGAGAAACAGCAAAAGCAAAAACCUAAGACGUCGUCGAGGAAGCCGAACAAUGCGAAGUCGGAGAAGCUCUCGGAUCUGCUGAGCAUUGCGGAGGCUGAAGCCGACGUGGAAACGAAGAAGAAGGAAGAAAAGCUGGAAGAACUGAAGCUCCUCGUGAAGGAGCUUCAGCAGCACGAAGAAGUAGAUGAUUCAACGAAGAAAAAAAGAGAAGCUGCGGCGAAAGUGAGGUUGUUGGCGAAAGAGGAUUUGGAAGUAAGAGGAACGCUCGCUAUGCUAGGAGCCAUUCCUCCUCUCGUCGCAAUGCUCGAUGAAACCGAACUAAACGACGUCGAUUCGCUCAUCGCGUCGCUCUACGCGCUGCUUAACCUCGGCAUCGGAAACGACGCGAACAAAGCGGCUAUUGUGAAAAUUGGGUCUGUUGAGAAGAUGCUCAAGUUUAUUGAAUCUCCAGAUGAUCUAGAUUCUUCGGUUUCUGAAGCAAUUGUUGCAAAUUUCCUUGGAUUGAGUGCUUUGGAUUCGAACAAGCCCAUGAUUGGGUCUUCGGCUUCAAUUUCAUUCUUAGUUAGAACCCUUCAGAGUUUAGAUGAUAAGAGCAGUUCCCAAGCCAAGCAAGAUGCUCUCCGAGCAUUGUACAAUCUUUCAAUCUUCCCAGGCAAUGUUUCAUUCAUUUUGGAAACCGAUUUGGUAGUGUUUCUGGUGAACUCAAUAGGGGACAUGGAGGUUACUGAAAGAUCCCUUGCAACUCUCAGCAAUAUAGUGUCCACCCGAGAGGGUAGAAAGGCGAUCAGCACGGUGCCGGAUUCUAUCCCAAUUUUGGUGGAUGUGUUGAAUUGGACUGAUUCGCCGGAAUGCCAGGAGAAGGCAUCAUACAUUUUGAUGGUUAUGGCACACAAGUCCUAUGGUGACAAGCAGGCCAUGAUUGAGGCAGGGGUUGCAUCAUCCCUGCUUGAGUUGUCCCUUUUGGGUUCCACAUUGGCUCAGAAAAGGGCCUCAAGAAUAUUGGAGAUUUUGAGGGUGGACAAAGGGAAGCAAGUUUCUGGGAGCUAUGGCUUGGGUGCAGCUGUCUCUGCCCCUAUUUGCGGCUCUUCGUCGGCGAGGCCAGACGGAGGAGGAGGAGGAAGAGAGUGUUUUGAGGAGGACGAAGAGAUGAUGAGUGAGGAGAAGAAAGCAGUGAAGCAAUUAGUCCAGCAGAGUUUGCAGAACAACAUGAGGAAAAUUGUAAAGAGGGCCAACUUGCCUCACGAUAUCGCGCCAUCAGAUCAUUUUAUGUCACUCACUUCAAGUUCUACUUCAAAGAGCCUGCCAUUUUGAAAAAUUGAAGCUAUGAAGAGAGUCAAGGUUGAAGAGAAUAAACCAUGAAGUUAGUGUUCAAAUCAUAGUUUUGUUGAAUAUUGAGCUUUUAGGGUUGUAGUUAUUUGCUAGAUCUGCCAAAGUAGCCAGCCAUUGCUUGUCAAAAUCUUGAUAGAUAAUUAUAAAAUUAUAGUUUAAGUUUCUUUUAAGGUUGCAUCCCUUUUGGUUUCUUUGGUUUGUUUGAUUUUGUUCUUUAGAGCAGAUUUUGCUCACUGUUUCUAAACUGAAAACGAGACCUUCUUAACUAUAGAAAUGGACAAUUGUAACGGUUCUGUGA